ACACCGAGCAAAAGACAUACGCUUAUCAAGGUUAACUGGCACCACAGUUCAAAGCUGGUAAUGGAUAAUCAAUUAAUACAGUUAAGAUACAAGAGACCACUUGAGAUAUGUAGCAAUUCGUUGACUGCAGGGUUAAACACUGAUGAUUAGAUACAAUUCAGCAAGUUGGGUCAUAUUUGUUGCUCUAUAUAAAGAGUGUUCGGAAAGAGCAAACCUCAUUCUAGCCAUCUCCUCUGGCGAGAACACACAUUCACAUACAGUGUCUCUUCCAAAAUAUCUAUUCGAAUAGAAUACCUGGUUGCAAACAUUAAAAUGAGAAUUUUCGUGGUAGCAUUUUCGCUAUUGGCUCUUGCAGCCUCAGCUGCCAUCGAUAGUCCAGCUAAUGAAUACCUGCCACCAAUGGAAGACACUGUUGCGUUGGAGUCAUCAACUCCGGUAGAUUCAGCUGCUCUUACAGACAAUGGGUAUUUGUAUAAAACAGUGAAGCGUUUAAAAUACCGCCAGCGUCGCGAUGUUUCCGAUGUUGCCAACGAAUACUUGCCCCCAGCUGAAGAAAUCGCCACCGAGGCCGUUCCUGAAGUCAAGACUGCUGAGGAAUCUGAUGACUCCGCUGUUUUAGGUGAAAAUGGUUAUGAAUACAAAACCGUUCGUCGUCUUAAGUAUCGUCAUCGUCGCGAUGUUUCAGAAAUAGCCAAUGAGUACUUGCCCCCAGCUGAAGAAGUCGCCACCGAGGCCGUCCCUGAAGUCAAGACUGCUGAAGAAUCUGAUGACUCCGCCGUUUUGGGUGAUAAUGGCUACGAAUACAAAACCGUUCGUCGUCUUAAGUACCGUCAUCGUCGCGAUGUUUCCGAAAUUGCCAACGAAUACUUGCCCCCAGCUGAAGAAAUCGCCACCGAGGCCGUUCCUGAAGUCAAGACUGCUGAGGAAUCUGAUGACUCCGCUGUUUUAGGUGAAAAUGGUUAUGAAUACAAAACCGUUCGUCGUCUUAAGUAUCGUCAUCGUCGCGAUGUUUCAGAAAUAGCCAAUGAGUACUUGCCCCCAGCUGAAGAAGUCGCCACCGAAGCCGUUCCCGAAGUCAAAGCUGCUGAAGAUUCUGAUGACUCCGCUGUUUUGGGUGAAAAUGGUUAUGAAUACAAAACCGUUCGUCGUCUCAAGUACCGUCAUCGUCGAGAUGUUUCCGAAAUUGCCAACGAAUACUUGCCCCCAGCUGAAGAAGUCGCCACCGAAGCCGUCCCUGAAGUCAAGACUGCUGAGGAAUCUGAUGACUCCGCUGUUUUAGGUGAAAAUGGUUAUGAAUACAAAACCGUUCGUCGCCUGAAGUACCGUCAUCGUCGCGAUGUUUCCGAAAUUGCCAACGAAUACUUGCCCCCAGCUGAAGAAAUCGCCACCGAAGCCGUUCCCGAAGUCAAGACUGCUGAAGAAUCUGAUGACUCCGCUGUUUUGGGUGAACAUGGCUAUGAAUAUAAAACCGUUCGUCGUCUGAAGUACCGUCAUCGUCGCGAUGUUUCCGAAAUUGCCAACGAAUACUUGCCCCCAGCUGAAGAAGUCGCCACCGUAGCCGUUCCCGAAGUCAAGACUGCUGAAGAUUCUGAUGACUCCGCUGUUUUGGGUGAAAAUGGUUAUGAAUACAAAACCGUUCGUCGUCUCAAGUACCGUCAUCGUCGCGACGUUUCCGAAAUUGCCAACGAAUACUUGCCCCCAGCUGAAGAAAUCGCCACCGAAGCCGUUCCUGAAGUCAAGACUGCUGAGGAAUCUGAUGACUCCGCUGUUUUAGGUGAAAAUGGUUAUGAAUACAAAACCGUUCGUCGUCUUAAGUAUCGUCAUCGUCGCGAUGUUUCAGAAAUAGCCAAUGAGUACUUGCCCCCAGCUGAAGAAGCCGCCACCGAGGCCCUUCCUGAAGUGAAGACUGCUGAAGAAUUUGAUGACUCCGCUGUUUUGGGUGAAAAUGGCUAUGAAUAUAAAACCGUUCGUCGUCUGAAGUACCGUCAUCGUCGCGAUGUUUCCGAAAUUGCCAACGAAUACUUGCCCCCAGCUGAAGAAAUCGCCACCGAAGCCGUUCCCGAAGUCAAGACUGCUGAAGAAUCUGAUGACUCCGCUGUUUUGGGUGAACAUGGCUAUGAAUAUAAAACCGUUCGUCGUCUGAAGUACCGUCAUCGUCGCGAUGUUUCCGAAAUUGCCAACGAAUACUUGCCCCCAGCUGAAGAAGUCGCCACCGUAGCCGUUCCCGAAGUCAAGACUGCUGAAGAUUCUGAUGACUCCGCUGUUUUGGGUGAAAAUGGUUAUGAAUACAAAACCGUUCGUCGUCUCAAGUACCGUCAUCGUCGCGACGUUUCCGAAAUUGCCAACGAAUACUUGCCCCCAGCUGAAGAAGUCGCCACCGAAGCCGUCCCUGAAGUCAAGACUGCUGAGGAAUCUGAUGACUCCGCUGUUUUAGGUGAAAAUGGUUAUGAAUACAAAACCGUUCGUCGUCUGAAGUACCGUCAUCGCCGCGAUGUUUCCGAAAUUGCCAACGAAUACUUGCCCCCAGCUGAAGAAGUCGCCACCGAAGCCGUUCCCGAAGUCAAGACUGCUGAAGAAUCUGAUGACUCCGCUGUUUUGGGUGAACAUGGCUAUGAAUAUAAAACCGUUCGUCGUCUGAAGUACCGUCAUCGUCGCGAUGUUUCCGAAAUUGCCAACGAAUACUUGCCCCCAGCUGAAGAAGUCGCCACCGAAGCCGUUCCUGAAGUCAAGACUGCUGAGGAAUCUGAUGACUCGGCUGUUUUAGGUGAAAAUGGUUAUGAAUACAAAGCCGUUCGUCGUCUUAAGUAUCGUCAUCGUCGCGAUGUUUCAGAAAUAGCCAAUGAGUACUUGCCCCCAGCUGAAGAAGCCGCCACCGAGGCCCUUCCUGAAGUGAAGACUGCUGAAGAAUCUGAUGACUUCGCUGUUUUGGGUGAAAAUGGCUAUGAAUAUAAAACCGUUCGUCGUCUGAAGUACCGUCAUCGUCGCGAUGUUUCCGAAAUUGCCAACGAAUACUUGCCCCCAGCUGAAGAAGUCGCCACCGAAGCCGUUCCUGAAGUCAAGACUGCUGAGGAAUCUGAUGACUCCGCUGUUUUAGGUGAAAAUGGUUAUGAAUACAAAACCGUUCGUCGUCUUAAGUAUCGUCAUCGUCGCGAUGUUUCAGAAAUAGCCAAUGAGUACUUGCCCCCAGCUGAAGAAGUCACCACCGAAGUCGUUCCUGAAGUCAAGACUGCUGAGGAAUCUGAUGACUCCGCUGUUUUAGGUGAAAAUGGCUACGAAUACAAAACUGUCCGCCGUCUCAAGUACCGUCUUCGUCGUGUUUAGUGAUACUCGUUACUAUGUUAUAUAGUCUCGCAUUUUAGUUUGGACUUCGUCUUUGAUAAUAUAAUAAAUAUACCUU